UCCUUUGCUCCUCCAUCCUUUUAUGAGCCAGUAAAAUGGCAGGUACCGGUAUGAUCUUAUUCAUAUCCCUCCUGCUGGCUGGAAUAAUCUCCCCCUCGGCCUCCCAGAAUUGCGGGUGCUCGCCGGGCUUAUGCUGCAGCGAGUAUGGCUACUGCGGCACAGGCAACGACUACUGCGGUCCGGGUUGCCAACAGGGGCCGUGCCAAGCCUCGCCGCCGGCGAACGGCGUCUCGGUGGCGGAUAUCGUCACCCAGCAAUUCUUUGAUGGAAUCAUCAGUCAGGCUGAUGGCGGAUGCCCCGGCAAGGGCUUCUACACGCGGUCGGCGUUUCUUGAUGCACUCGGUUCCUACCCUAGCUUCGGCCGGGCCGGCACGGCCGACGACUCCAAGCGCGAGAUCGCCGCCUUCUUCGCCCACGUCACGCAUGAAACUGGACACCUCUGCUUCAUAGAGGAGAAGAAUGGCACGUCCCAGGACGACUACUGCGAUAAAAGAUACACCCAGCAAUACCCGUGCGCCCCAGGGAAGAAGUACUACGGCCGUGGCCCCCUUCAAUUGAGCUGGAACUAUAACUACGGUCCUGCCGGAAGGAGCAUUGGGUUUGAUGGCUUGAACAACCCUGAGACAGUGGCCAAUGACGUGAAUACAUCCUUCAAGGCCGCCUUGUGGUUUUGGAUGGAGAACGUGCACUCGGUCAUAACUUCUGGCCAAGGAUUUGGAGCCACAAUCCGAAGGAUCAAUGGUGCUUAUGAGUGUGAUGGCAAGGGAGUGGAUUUGAUGAAUGCUCGUAUUAGAUACUAUCAAGAUUAUUGCAAACAGUUUGGUGUGGCACCAGGAGAUAAGCUCACUUGUUAGGUCAUAUGGGGAUCCACUUGGAGUAAUACCUAUAUCAUGUAAGUUUGAAAGAAAUAAAGGUAUGAUAUAACGAGGAAUAAAGGUUAACGACAUAGAA